ACUAGGAAUGAUCACAUGCUUGAGCCUCGAGCAUCCAACUCUCUUACCUAGACCUCUUUUUGCUUCAUAGAACUAUACUCAUCAAUUUCCCAUUGAACUUGAACUGAAAUUCCUUGCACAUUACAAAUUUACAGUAAUGGAUGGAUUAAGAGGAAUUAUAUUGGACUCUUCAGUUCUUCUCGCCGAAGACUGCGACUCUAAUGGCGCUCCCACUCUUCGUCCUGCUGCUGAUUUCCUCUUUCGCGCCCUCCAUUAUUCCCAACUCCAUAAGGGAAUUCUUUUUGGACAUGAUCUUUCAAUAGAUAAGGUCAACCUUCUCAAAAAGAUGUGUGAAUUAUAUUCAUUCAAUUGUCUUAAACUCAAUAUUUCAGUCGUAGACAUUGUCAGUGAAAUUGCAGUAGCUUGGGGUGAUGUUGGAAAAAGUAUUUUGUUCGUACUUUCAAGCCACCAAAUGGACUCUGGUCUUAAGCUAUGUGACCAUGGGUUUUUUCUAAGUAUUCUUGAUGAUGUUGGUGAAGAUUCAUACAAGAACCCAAAAGUGCAUCACAUCAAGACGCUGGAAGAACUGCCUUUGAGUUUGUGUCGCUUGAAUAGAAAGGUAGCUUCCGAUAAAGUUUUAACAGUUGGCUACAGUAUGAAGCACUCCCGACAAGCAGAUUUUGCAAAGAGAGGUGCAUUUCCACUGUAUUCAGCCCAGUAUGAAUUGAUAUUUCUGCCACUCAGUUAUGAGAUGUCCAUACCAUUGCAGCUGCAAGAAAUUGACAUAAUCCUUCAUAAAGCAACUGAUAAUAUAGUUUCUGUAGAGUUGAAUUCAUCAAUUUCCCCUAAAAUUACCUUCACAAAUGGUAUGGAAGAGUUGAGAAGGACCUUGGAGGAUCAUCCUCAGUGUUGUGUGAUUGAUCCGUUUGACAAGAUUUACCCUGUUUUGGAUCGACUCAAGAUCCAAUAUCUUCUACUUGGCUUGAAAGAUCUUAACAAGGAAGGCUGCUCAAAAAUAAGAGGCCCUCAUUUUCUUAAGGUUGACAAGUAUAACGAUCUUAAUUUGACAGAAAAGCUAUUGGAGGCUAAGGUAUCGCUCCCUAGCAUAGUAAAACCUCAAGUUGCUUGUGGUGUAUCAAGUGCUCACAGUAUGGCUAUCGUCUUUCGUUUUGAAGAUUAUAAAGAUCUCGAGGUGCCUCUUCCAGCUAUAAUUCAGGAAUACAUAGAUCAUUCAUCUACAAUUUUCAAAUUCUAUGUCUUGGGCGAGCAAAUCUUCCAUGCUGUGAAGAAGUCCAUACCUAAUGGAGAUGUGUUGGUGCAACUGUUGAAUGGAAAUGAAUUAAAACCCUUGGUAUUUGACAGCUUGAAGUCCCUACCUACUUCUGAGAAGAAUGAGAUCGGUGAUGCUGCUGUUGAUCUCGAGCUGGUCAAAAAUGCUGCAAAUUGGCUAAGAAGAAAGCUCGAUCUUACUAUAUUUGGCUUUGAUGUAGUUAUUCAGGAAGGUACAGGAGACCACGUGAUAGUUGAUGUAAACUACUUGCCAUCGUUCAAAGAAGUACCAGACGAUAUAGCAAUUCCUGCAUUUUGGGAAGCCAUCAAGAACAAGUUUAAAGAGAGACAACAUGUGUGAUCAGCACUAUUCCGCAAUUAUACGAAGUUGUGCAUUUGGUCGUGCUGAACAUUGAUCACCAUCGUAUGAUAAGAGUGUUAGUUAACUGAACUGAACUAAUAUGUAGUUUUCCGUCUUUUCUUCAAUUACACUCAUGGAGAGUUGGAUUUUUUCGGAGUUUUUAACUCCUAUUUCUCGAAUUGGGGUUUUGAUGUUUGGUUUAUUAUACCGUUUUCAAUGCUCAUUUCCUGUA